AAUUCAAUUUAGAGGGCUUCAAGAUAUAUGUAUAAAGUGAAACUGUCAUGGGUUCGGAUGAAGUUGUGCUAAACGUUAGAAGGGUGUUGGAUAUGUUGAAAUUUUGCCUCGUCGAAGUUCUCGUUGGCUUUGCUCUAGUUGCAGUUCUGGUUCAAACGCAGACUCAUCCAUUAGGAUACAUAAGCAUUGAUUGCGGAUUAGAGAAUGUUUCCAACUAUAACGAUGCAACAACUGGUAUAUAUUACACCUCAGAUGCAGAAUUCAUAAACAGCGGCAUUAACCAGAAUAUAUUGCCUGAAUACAAGACCACAUACCUUGAUCGGCACUUCUUGACUCUCAGAAGCUUCCCUGAAGGAACUAAGAACUGCUACACCCUAAAGCCUGUUAAAUGGGAAGGUAAUAAAUACUUGAUAAGGGUUCGAUUCAUGUACGGUAAUUAUGAUAACAAAAGUCAGCUACCGGAAUUUGAUCUGUACCUUGGAGUUAAUUUCUGGGACACGGUAAUCUUCGAUGGUGUCUCCACCUCGAUUACGAAGGAGAUUAUACACAUCGUUAAGUCGGAUUUUGUUCAUGUGUGCCUGAUGAAAACAGGUGUUACAACACCUAUUAUAUCAGCGGUAGAGUUGAGGCCUUUGGCUAAAACUUUAUUUCCUACUCAAAUUGGAUCUCUCAAACUUUAUGCAAGAUUGCGUUGUGGCUCAAUAACAUAUGGGCAACAGACAAGGUUAAGGUACAGGGAUGAUCCCUAUGAUCGCAUUUGGACGCCCUUCUUCUUUCAGAAUAGUCUGUGCAUAAAUACUACAGAGACUGUGUCCCCAAGCAGGUACAGGCCACCAUCUGAAGUUAUGAGCACUGCCUGGGCACCAAUAAGUCCAAACGACUCUUUGGUCUUUAAUUGGAAACCUGAAAAUGCAUAUGACUCAUUCUAUACCUACAUGUAUUUUGCUGAGAUUCAACCAUUGACAGCCAACCAAACCAGAGAAUUUAGCAUCGCUCUGAAUGAUCGGUUCUGGAAUAAAUCCUUGACUCCACUUUAUCUACAAGCAUUAACUAAACGGAGCAUAUGGCCUGUGCCUGUUAGUUCGAACUAUACUCUUGAGUUAAAAAAAUCUGAAAAAUCAACUCAACCUCCAAUCUUGAAUGCCAUAGAACUUUAUACAGUGAAAGUGUUCUUGAAAUCAGAAACGGAUGACACAGAUGUCACUGCCAUCUUGAAGAUCAUGUCAACUUAUGGAUUGAAAAGAAAUUGGCAAGGAGAUCCAUGUGAACCAGAAGAUUUUAAAUGGGAUGGACUCAUGUGCAGAUAUAACAAUUCAACUUCCCCAAGAAUCAUAUCCUUGAAUUUGUCUUCAAGUCAAUUAAAAGGAAUAAUAGAUCCUUCCAUGUCCAAUCUCAAAAGGAUUGAAACUCUGGACCUGUCAAACAACAAUUUGAUCGGAAGGGUACCUGAUUUUCUAACGGUUCUAAACUUGAAAGGAAACAAUUUUACAUGGCCAGUCUCAGAUAAGCUCAUGGCGAAGAAUAAAAGUGGAUUACUGUUACUCAUUAUUGAUGAUCCACCCAUUCGAACAUCUGCCAAAAUGAAUAGUAUUCUCAUUCCAGUUCCAGUGUUAGCAUCAGUCCUUGCUGCUGUAUUUGGUCUGUUAAUUGUCUUGGUUACCCUUCGGAUCGUUAAAAAGAGAAUAAAGAAAGCGAGAGGGAGACAGAGAGGAUAUGCUACCCCCAACAGAAAUGGCAGCGUACUGGUGACAAGGAAUAGAGAGUUUACAUACUCCGAGGUGCUACAAAUAACCAAUAACUUCGAGAGAGUAAUCGGAAAGGGGGGAUUUGGCACAGUUUAUCAUGGUUUUGUAGGUGACAUGCAAGUUGCUGUGAAGAUGCUCUCUCCGUCAUCUUUCCAAGGUUACAAGGAAUUUCGAGCCGAGGCCAACCUUCUUACGAAAAUUCAUCACAAAAACUUAACUUCUCUUGUUGGGUACUGUAACGAGGACAGCAACAUGGGAAUAAUCUACGAAUACAUGUGUAAUGGAAAUUUGGCAAAGCAUCUUUCAGGUAGAUUAGGUAGUAAUUCGUAUGCUUUAAGUUGGGAGGAAAGGCUCCAAAUAGCAUCCGGUGCUGCUCAAGGAUUAGAUUACCUGCACCAUGGAUGCGAGCAACCUAUAAUUCACAGAGAUAUUAAAUCGACUAAUAUUUUGCUUGACGAAAACUUUCAAGCUAAAUUAGCUGAUUUCGGUCUAUCAAGAGCUUUCCCUGUUGAAGGUGGUAGCCAUAUAUCAACAGUACUCGCAGGCACUCCAGGAUACCUUGACCCUGACUACUCUUCGUCAAAUAGGUUAACGGAGAAAAGUGAUGUAUAUAGCUUUGGAGUUGUCCUUCUGGAGAUAAUUACAGGCCGUCCAGCAUUAAAGGGAAAUGAAGAAGCGACACACAUAGUUCCAUGGGUGAAUUCCAUGCUUCCGCAAGGGGACGUUAAGAUGUUUCUUGACCCAAGAAUACAAGACAAUUUUUCUCUUGACUCUGUGUGGAAGCUUGUGGAAUUAGCAAUGGCUUGUGUAUCUCACAAUGCCAUCGAAAGGCCAACCAUGACUUAUGCAGUGAUGGAAAUUAAAGAAUGCUUGGCAAUGGUGAUUACUCACGGCGAAACUGAAUCUGAUAAGUGGGUCAGGAUGAUACCCACGAGUCUGGAGACUAGUAGACUUGUUCCUCACACCGUAUAGUAAUUUGCUGUGUUUGUAUAUUGAACUCUUAAAGUGAUGUUUGAAGAACAGUAUCCAUGAGGAAGAACGAAGAUGAUGAAUAAAUGCUGUAUGCAUACAGGGAAGGCUAAAGAACAUUCACGUACAAUGAUCAAAUUUUAGUUCUAAAAUUUUCUUCAAAAUU